UUCGGCAGUAUUCGGUGUUUCUCCGUUCGACUUGUUGGCAGCAUAUCAUUUCUCGCUCUCUCUCCAUCUCUCUUUUUCUCUAUAACACACACGCAUACACAUAUCGUAUCCUUUUCUCUUUCAUAUCCUUAACAUUCCGACUCCUUUCUCUCUUAAUAUUUUUUUCACUAAUUUUUACUUUUUCCACAUCAGGAGAAAACGUGGUGGUCGUACACCCCCACACGAAGUAUUUUUGAGUUUCGAAUUUUAUCGCGUUAUAUCUGUGCUAUCUCAUCUGAACAUGACGAAAAAUCAACAAUAACGACAAAAUCCCAUACGAUUGAAAAAAAUGUAUUAUUGCUUUGACAGUUGGUAUGAGAAAACGAUUUUUUUCGGCCGUCCAUAAAGUAUUGGAGGAGAGGGCAAAACACUCGGGGGCCAACAGGAAUCUUCCGGGAUGUCAGUCAAGUCGCAGGAUAUCACGGACGAGUCGGAGAAGCAGCUCAAUUGGAUGCCGAUCGCUUAUGAUCGGCAGAAGGUCGUCUGCUGGCAUACUAGCCUGGACUAGUUGUCAGGAUCCUUCCAGGAUGUACAACACGAACAUUAUCCGGGCAUGCGUCGAACUCGGUGAAGCGGCCAUAAGUACACUCGACAUCAUGACAACAUCUAGUCUUACUUUACAAAUAUAAUAAAUCUCCAGCAAAGCUUUUAUUUAUUUAUUUAUUUAUACAUUAACGUAUAGUC